AAACGAAGCGUUUUUUCAGUAUUUAGAAAAUCUUCUUCCGCCCGCCCAUUCGAUCCAAUUCUUUCAACCAUAACCAUUCAAUUCAAACGCACAGAGGGAGUGAGAAAAUGGAGAAGAUCUGCGUUGCAGUGAGAGUGAGACCUCCGGUCUCCCAAGAUUCCUCCGCCGGAACCUACUGGAAUGUCGGAGACAACCGCAUCUCCCUCCACAAGCUUCACGGCACCCCCAUCUCCGGCCUCUCUUACGCUUUCGAUUAUGUGUUCGAUGAAAGUUGCACAAAUGCUCAGGUUUACGAGCUUCUUACCAAGGACAUCAUUCAUGCUGCAGUUGAAGGGUUUAAUGGAACUGCAUUUGCCUAUGGGCAAACCAGCAGUGGCAAGACAUUCACCAUGAAUGGUUCUGCAAAUGAUCCGGGAAUUAUUCAUCUGGCAGUAGAAGAUAUAUUCCGGAAAAUACAAAUAAUGUCUGACCGUGAGUUUCUCAUUCGAGUUUCCUACAUGGAAAUUUACAAUGAAGAAAUUAAUGACCUUUUGAGCUUGGAGAAUCAGAAAUUGCAGAUUCAUGAGAGUUUGGAGCGUGGCAUAUUUGUUGCAGGCCUAAAGGAAGAAAUUGUAAACAAUGCUGAACAGGUUCUUCAGCUUAUAGAGUCAGGAGAAGUUAAUAGGCACUUUGGUGAGACAAACAUGAAUGUUCGAAGUAGCAGGUCUCACACAAUAUUUAGAAUGGUAAUUGAAAGCAGGGGAAAGGAUACGAAGUCCUCUGAUCGAUAUUCAAGCAAUGAUGCCAUCCGUGUCUCAGUCUUGAACUUGGUAGAUUUGGCUGGUUCUGAGCGGAUUGCUAAAACAGGAAUAGGUGGAGUACGGUUGAAGGAAGGAAAGUACAUUAACAAGAGCUUAAUGAUUCUUGGCAAUGUAAUUAACAAACUAAGUGAGGGUGCAAAACAGAGGGGACAUAUUCCUUACCGUGAUAGUAAGCUAACCCGUAUACUUCAACCUGCCCUCGGUGGUAAUGCCAAAACUUCGAUUAUUUGCACAGUAGCACCAGAAGAGGUCCACAUUGAGGAAACAAAGGGCACUCUCCAGUUUGCUAGUAGAGCGACGCGAAUUACUAAUUGUGCUCAAGUGAACGAGGUCUUGACAGAUGCUGCUUUACUGAAAAGACAGAAGUUAGAGAUAGAGGAGCUACGUAAGAAACUUCAGGGGUCUCGUGCUGAGGUGCUGGAGCAAGAGAUUUUAAAACUUAGGAAUGAGAUGCUUAAGUAUGAACUAGAGCGUGAGAAGCUUGAAAUGCAACUGGAAGAGGAGAGACGAUCACACAAAGAAUGCAAUCAAUGCAUUAGAGAGCAACAGAUGAAAAUUGAAAAUCUGAGCAGUCUGGUUACAUUUUCAGAUUAUGAUAGGAACUCUAGUCAGGAACAGAAGUCUAAGAGGGAAAGCCCUGAGGAAGAAAGCGGUGACAGCAGUAGUAAAUGCCAAGGAGACAUUUUCAGAACUCCUUGCUUUAAGGCAGCUCCCAAGAACUUUGUUGUCAGGCGAUCAAAUUACUCAAAUCUGUCUGAGUAUAGCCCACUUCCAGAUUCUUUUAGUAACGUGGUUGAUGAAGACACUUGGUUCAAAAUGAACAAAGGUUACAAAGCAGACCUUGAUUUGCUUCAGAUGAUUUCUGUGGCUUCUGCCAGAAAAGUUCAAUCCUUUCCACUAAGUGACUUAACACUAACUCCUGUUCCUUUAUAUGAGAAUUGUAAACAAGAACUUGAAAAUCUCAAGAGACAAUUAGAAAUCAUAUCUGAAGAGAAAAAUGAACUGCAGAGAAAGCACACAGAGCAAAUACUAUUAAAUGACCGAUUAAUGAAAGAAAUAUCUGAACUAAAACACGAAGCGGAAAUUAUUCAAGAAAUCCCUGAACGAUUGCGUGAAUCUGUGGCAAGUUGCAAAGAAAUUUAUGAGGAUGUUGUGUCAACAGUGCAGUACGUGGCAUCUAAUAGAGAAUCUUCAGCAGCAAAACUACUAUGUGGCACACGGGAAAUUGGUAGAGCCCUUUUAUCAACUUUGGAAACUCACUUCUUAAUUGUUUUGAAUGGUCACAAGCCUUUCCAUGCAAAUUUUGUAUCCCAAGAGCAAUACAAAGAGCUUUCUGAGAGGUUGAAAAGCACUUUAAUAUCCUUGGUUGCAUCAGAAACACCAAUCAUGAAGAAUAAACAAGUGAAGAAUCCACAAUGUAGUUGCAACUCAAAGGUAGCUGCCUGGUCACAGUUAUCAAGAUCAUUUAUGAUUCUAUUCUCUAUCAUAAUUAUGGGAUAUAUUGUUUCCUUCUUCAAGAUUCUGAUUCUUUAAACUCUUUGCUACAUAUUCUUUACAAGGUAAUACACCUUGUUCAAGUGAUAUACUGUCAUGUUACACGUACAAAAUGUAGAUCCAAAUUCCCAUCUAAUUAAUAGACAGAAAGAAAAUUU